AUGAAAUGUUGAUGAGUUGAUGCGAUAAUGAACACUAGUUGUGACACUAGUUUCUUUCUCGGGAAAGGUGUUAUUAUACGAUUCUGUGGUUAGGCCUACCUGUUUAUUAUAAUGCUACUAAUUAAUAAAAGCAAUUACCCAUUUUGAAGAAGAAAAAACCGAAAAAAACGUUAGAUAAAUUGGCUAAUCUAAGUCUGAAAUAUAAUAAUUCAUUUUCUAUUAUUAUUUCAUAAUUUAAUGACUUAAAACUUACAGUAACUUACAGUUAUUAUAGUAAUAGUUACAUUAUAGUUAGUUAUAGAGUUGUAGUCUGUAGUUAUUAUAAUUAUAGACAACACUCGAAAUAGUAAUUUAAUAGUGUAAUAAUAGUAUAGUCGUAAUAGUAUAGUAGUAGUAGGUAUGAGAUGAGUGUGAUGAUAGUAGGCUAUUAUAUUAUAAUAUAUACUAUAAUAGACUAUAUUAGACUUAGACUAUAUAGUCAAUACUAUAAUAUAGUAUAUAGACAAUAUAGUUAUGAGUUAUGAUGAUAGUGAUAGUAUUUUUUGAUAGGCUAGACACUAGACAGACUGCUAUGCUUAUUUUAUACUAAGAUUAAGAUGGGCAUCGAAUAUUAUAUUUUUAAUUAUGUAAUUAUAUUUCAAUUGUCAAUACCGGUAAUAGUUUAGUCUAGUAGACUCACUGUGUAUAGACUAUAGGCUACUAUAAAUAAAAAUUAUGAUAAAAACUAAACCCCACCCCACUGCAAAAUCAAAAUAGAGAAUAUUUCUUUAAAUUUUAAAUUAAAAUUAUAAAAUUAUUAAAUAAAGUUGAGGUUGAUAAAGCAAAUUAAGUUUAGCAGUAAAAUAGCUGGUUAGUAAAGUAUUUUGAUUUAGAUUUUAAUAUUUAAUAAUAUUAUUACCAAGUCUUUCAAACUCAACAGUCAUUAAUUAAUUAUGCAAUAAUUAACCUUCAUACAAAUAUUAAAUUACUAAAAAAAAACCUAAGUAAGUGAGCUGAUGGUUUGCACUAAUUCCACUAGAUCUAAGAUGUCACAUCACUCACAUUCUAUUAGACUUGACUUUAAAAUGCAAAUAAAAAAUUAUAAAACUUUGUCAUUUUGUAAAUAUUUUGCUGGAUAUAUUAGGCCUACUAAUAACAUAAGUCUAUUAUGAUUAUAUUAUAUGAGCAUGACUUCUUGUUUAUUGAUUUGUCUGAAACUGAAGAAAGUGUCUAUGAAUAUAAAUAAAAUAUCAUGAAUUAUCUGAUUACCGGAAAUUUGAUUGAAAGAAAUUUGGUCGGCGGUAAAUUUAUCGGACCAAAUUUCCGUUCGAUCAAUUUACCGUCUACGAAAUUUCUUUCGAUCAAAUUUCUGGAUACGGAAUUAUCUAAGAAAGAUGACUUUAGUUCCUUAAAAUAACUUACGAGGGUAUGACAUGAAAAUAAAAUAAUGAUUAAUUUGGUGAUUUUGGACUUUUAAGUGGCUCACUAAUUGUAGGAUGAGUAGGCUAUUACCAAUACUGUCUAUAGCAGGCCUGCACAACGUACAGCCCGCUGGCUGCCAGCACCCACUUUGCAACCUGCGAAGUAACAAAAUAUUCUUUAUUCUUAUUGUUUUCUUAAUAGCUUUCCCCACUGUCCUAUUUUCUUUUGGCCCGCACAAGUUUUUCAUAAAGUAUUACAGCCCACCUUACAUUUUGAGUUGUGCAGGCCUGGUCUAUAGGCAUAUGCAAACUAAAAUGACUUCACGGGCCACUUUGAUUGCGAGUCAACUCUUUGUGGGCUCGAUAUCAUUGAACCUAAUAAAAAAAAACAAUGUUCAGUUAUUUAUUUAUUCUUAUGUUACAAAAAUACAAAACCGAAAACAAAAUUACCAGAUAGCUCACCUUCUCUUGCCGCCACACACUUAAAAAACUGUUUAGAUUUAAAUGGAAACAUAACUCUUUAAUACAUAUAUACAGUUCUUGAUUGUGGAUAAAAAGGUGCCCAUCGUCAAUUGCCACUUUGGUAGGGUGGGGAAGCAGAAAUCAGUUUUCCCACCUAAGUCUCCAGCCCCUCCCCCACUUUUGUGCAUUUUUGCACAUACCUGAAUUAGUAGUUUUGCAUCAUUCUACACUUAACAGGAAAACAACAGAAGAAAUUUUAUUGGAAAUUUAGUGUCCCUUGACCUAUCAUUUAAUUGUAGUAGUUAUUAAGAAGUAAUAUUGUUUAAGAUUUGAGAGUACUAAUAUUAAUCUAAUUUUUUUUUAAUCAGUCCAAAAGGUGUGCUGGUAUACCAAAAUGGCACAUACCAUCACAAACAAAGUGAUUUACAUAUAUUUUAAAUGUGUGAUUAUACCAAGAAUCAAAAUAAUCACUUUUUGUAUGAAGAAAUAUGUUUAUUAGGGAUACAUUUGGCAGACAUGAAUAUUUAACUUGGCCCACAUGUUGCUCUCGCAAGUGACAUAAAAUUACUCUUGAAUGGGAGCAAUACUGCUGUGAGAGAGUAGACAGUUUUAAUCAGUUUGCAUCACAUCAUUCCUUGCAUCCCUUUUAGCACGUUGUGAACAUAGAAGCUCUUGUUGAAUGAUACCGGUACAAUGAAAUGCAGAUAGAAGAUUAUUAUUGUCAUCCGACUCUAUCUUAAGAAAGGAAAAAAACUGUAUUUAUUCCUAUAAUGUAUCAAUUGAUAGGAUAAAGACUUUGCUGCAAGACUGACAUUGAUUAAUAAAAUGUAAGAUGCUGGAUUUCAUUGUGAUGGAAACUUCAUUUAAAAAGGAAAAGAUUUUUCAGAAUAAAUUUGUGAAAAUGAACACUUCAGAUGGCCUCACUUUUUUGUCUGAAGACCACCUGGUAAUAUAUUGCCAAUAGCAAGCCUAUAAUAUACUAUACUAUAAUAUAGGCCUAAAAUAUAUUAGUAAACGUUUAAACUGGUAUACCAUAUCAAACAUAUUGUUUAAAAUUAUUAAAUGAUUUUAAUUAGAAUGAUUGAAUUUUAAUGAUGUAAUUUUUAAAAAUUUAAAUGUAAUAAGAAUUUACUAUUUAAUUACUAAACUAGUACUAAUAAGUAGUGGUGUAGUUUUUCCAGGGUGCACCACAGAGCCACUCAGAAACUUUGUAUGUAACAAAAAUGUGAAGCAGUACCUCACAUAAUGAAAGACAUUUUUUUUUCUGUAAUAAUUUAAUUGUUUUUUGUAUAUUUAAACAAAAUCCUAAUGUAAUACAAUGACUGCUUCGUUAUAUAAACUAAUUAAAUUACAUUAAAUUUUUUUUUUUAAAUUUAACAGGAAUAAACUGAGGGGUUUUUGAAAUACAUUAUGGAAAUGAAUAACAGUAUUCCACUGUCAUCACCUUAUGACAAACUCAAAGGAUUCUGUGAUGACACUAUAUGGGUAAGUGUGUUUUCCCACUUCUUUCAUUAUAAAAAAAAAAACAAUGUUAAGUUCAUAUAUAAAAAGGGCUUCUUAACAGCAUUAUAACUCCCAUCCCCAGUGACUGACCUAACUGAAGAGCUAAUUGUGGCAUUUUUGUAUGAUAUGUCCAAAAAAUAAUUUUGUUUGGUUAUUUAAUUACAUCCUUAAUUAACAUUUAAUUAAUAGUCUUCUGACACGUGAAUUUAAAUAUAAUUCCAUGUAUUGUCAUGAAUACAGGAUCUCCAGUUAACGUGGUACAACAGUUGGCCCCAAUUUACAGAAUGUUUCCAGCACACAGUACUUGUGUGGGUGCCCUGUGGCUGGUUAUGGCUUUCAGCCCCAAUCUAUAUGUGGUACUUGGCAAGUUUACCCACACAUCAUACUGGAAAGAACUUUACCAAACUUUUUACUAUCAAACUGGUAGGAAAGUGAAUAGAUGACUUUUUUUUGUUUUAGAUUUGAUGCAGCCAUGUCAUGCAACAUUAUUUAAACAAUGAGAGCUAUAAUUAAUGAAAAUAAAAAUCAAUAGUUUCAAUGUAAGUAAUUAAGUGUCAUAGAACUUAAGUUUGAGAAGUAAAAAAAAAUUUUUUUAACACACCCUUUCUAUAAUUAUUGCAAUAUAUAAAUAUAUUUUUAUUUUUAAAAAAAGAAUAUAUUAAAGAAAACCAAACGAUUUCCUUGUGUACUGAUGAAUAUUGGAUAAAAUGCAUGGAUAGUAUGGUUUUAAUAAUGGACUGAAUUGGAAUUUUUUAAAAGAUAAUUAAUGCAAUACGUGAUGUCUUUAUGUUAUCAUUUCCUACCAGAGUUGUUUGUGUCUAUUGAUCCUGAUCUCAGUUCUCAACAUUCCCCACAUCAUCGAGAGAAAAGGUGUGGGUGAAAACCUACUAAAAGCUGAUGUUUUUGAGCCUGUUGUUGUCUCCACUACAUUGGUAAUAUAUAUUUUUGUUGACGCUCUUUGCUUUAAAUAUGCCUAUUAUGUAUAAUGGAAAACUUAUAGAACAUUGUUUAUGAUUUGUUAUUGCUACCACCUACAUAUUAAAUAUAGGUAAAAUUAUUUUAAACAGUGCUUUUACAUGUGUUUAAAUACAGUUGCAGAAAACCUAUGCCAACACUUGAUAUAUGAUUCUCUCCAUAAAUAAGCAUGUUACUCAACACAACGGACCCUAUAAUGUUGUUUGGUUGUAUACAAUAUUUUAAAUAUAAAGCAUGCAGAACAGUGCUUGAGUUAGGAGACCACUGUCAUGGGGGGCACAGAUGUCAUUGGACAAAUACUUUGUCAUCCAUUUUUAAAACAAUGAUUUGAUGUUUUUGAAAAUGUUGAUAUUCCCAAAGCAUUGUUUUAGAGGAUAUCUUAAUUACAAUCUGCAGGUUCUUGCUUUAAUAUUUCUGACGUUGGAGAAAAGAAAAGGUUUUGUCACAUCAGGAGUUCUCUUUAUCUUCUGGCUGCUUUUGAUCAUCUCAAACAUAGUUAACUUCUAUAGCCUCAUUAAACUUGAGGUAAUUACAAUCUUUAGUUUACUCAUUGUAACGGUAUUAAAUUAACAUUAAGAUGUUUCUUAUAAUGAAAACUGUUUAUAAAAAAACUAGAAAACUAAAAUGUCUUUCAAAUAUAAUGCUUAAAAUUAAGUGGAUACACUUUGUACUGUAGUAUAAUUUUAUUUCAAUCUUUUCUUUCAGGUGUAUCUUAAAGAUGAAUAUUUAUUUGCAAUGUUCUACUUACAAUUUUUGUUUUACUUGGUUGAAUUUCUUCUACACUGUUUUGUUGAGGAUAUUGAAGUACCAUAUAAGACCACAAAGGUAAUUCCAACCAACAGAAUAUUUUGUGAGCAAUGUAAGCAAUUUAGUCAAAUUUUUCAAAAUAUUUUGUAUUUCUGUAAAAAAUAUAGUUCAGAACAUAUUUGACUAAUAACAUUUUGAGUUUGCCUUGUUCCAAACUUAGCUAUUUUACAUUUCUAAUCUAGAAACCUAGUCCAGAGCUUUCAGCUUCGAUCCCAUCUCGUCUUUCAUUUUUUUGGCUUGACAGGUUAGUUACAAAAAUCUUAUUGAAUAAUCUGAUUUGAAUAAUCUCAUUUGAAUCUGAGAUUACAUUUUUUGCCAGACUUUGUGAAUAUAAUAAAAAAUAUAUUUCCCUUGGCUUUUCUGAUCACAUAGUCCUUAAUGUUUUUUAUAGUUAUAUUUUUCUUAAUGAAAUAUUUGGGAUACUAAAAAACAAUGUAUGUCAAUUAUUAUAUCGAUCAUUAUACCAGAGGCUCUUCUACUGCUGGUUUUAUAUUUUGGAAAUGAUAAGUUGAUAAAAACUGGCUUUGAUUGGUUUAAUUAUCUUAUCUUUAGGCUUAUGAGGCAAGGUUAUAAAUCACCCUUAACUGAGGAUGCUCUUCCAGAUCUACACCCCAGAGAUAAAUGUAAGACAGUGGUUCCUAGAUUCUUUAAAUAUUGGAAGCCUGCAGUAACAUUAACCAAAUUAAAGUAAGUCCACAUAUUAUUUAUUUUAAUCUUCUAGAUUAGUGAAAAAAAAUGCCUUUCAUAUAUUUAACUCACUUUGUGAUGUAAUUAUUGAUCUAUGUACUGACUUAUAUUAGAAGUAAUUAAUUAGUGAUUUAUUUUUCAAUUUCAAAUUGUUAUUUUUUAAGGGCUAAGAAAAUAUCCAAAUCAUCUCAUGUGGAUCUUCUUGCCACAGAGGAAACACCUCUGACUCUGGAAGCAUCAACGACAUCAUACACAGACUGUGUGACAAGGUCUAAGAAGAAAUUCAAUGGGCCGUCGCUGGUUUUUAUUCUCAUCAAAACAUUUUGGCGAGAUUACCUGUUGAGCCUGGUCUGGAAAUUCUUUGAUGAUUUCUUAUUAUUGACCAGCCCACUUAUUUUGGGGUAAGGAUUCCUGACCAGCCCACUUAUUUUAGGGUGAAAGACUCAUAACCAGCCCACUUUUACUAGGGUGAGGACUCAUAACCAGCCCACUUUUACUAGGGUAAGAACUCCUGACCAGCCCACUUACAUUAGGUUAAGGACUCCUGACCAGCUCACUUAUAUCAGAGUAAGCUCCUGAGUUGAAUGCUCGCCAGCACCCACUUUGCGGCCCGCAAAGUAAUGAAAUAGUCUUUAUUAUUAUUAUUUCCUUAAUAGCUUUCUCCCCGUCCUAUUUUCUUUUUGCCGGCACAAGUUUUUCAUAAAGUAUAACGGCCCGUGUUACAUUUUGAAUUGUGCAGGCUUGUCUUAAAUCGUUAGUUUCACAUAUCAAAUGUGUUUAUAAUAUAUUAUUGUAUCUAUUUAUUUUAUUGGACAUAAAAGGACAGCUCUCUAAAAAGAUCUAAAAUCCAAAUAAAAAUGCAUCCAAACAAAAUAUUUUAUUUUGUACUUUUAAUGCUGUAACUGGGUAACUGCUGGAGUAAGCUACAAACUAAGUAUAAAGUAUAUUUCAUAUGGAAGUUAUUCUUCCUAAACAUCAAAUUUGGGAGUUUUGUAGGAUAUGAUUACUUAUGGUUUUUUCUCAUAUAUACAUUUCUGCCUUUCUACUCAAUGCAAUAAUUAUGAUUGAUGAUUAUUUUUCAAAUGUUUUAUCUCAGUCCCUAAAUGUGUUCUUUUUUUUUCAUGAAGAGAGGUUAAAUGUUAAUACCAAAGAUUUUAUUUUUUUACUCUAUUUAGACAGCUUAUAGAAUAUGUUCAGCAGCAGACAUCAGAGAAAUGGCACGGUUACGUCUUGGCAGUUGCACUCUUCUGUUCAUCAUGUUUACAUUCCCUGUUCUUUCAUCAGUUGUUUCAUCGCUCUACAUCUCUAGGCCUGCGGGUCAGGGCGGCGAUUAUAUCAGGAGUCUUCAGGAAGGUAUUUUCAUUUAAUUUACCUGGAAGCCACUUCACAUAAUAUUUUAUCCCCCUUGAUUUAAUUAGUGUACAGGCAUUCCAGUGCUUAACUUAUUGGACGCCAUUUCACCCAGUGGCUUACCUCCCCUGAUUUAAUUAGUGUACAGGCAUUCCAGUGCGUGGCUGUGAUUCUUAGGUGGUCAUUGGAACCCCCACAUCUAACCUCCUCUACAGCUAAGUGAAUUUUACUGUUCAACAUAAAGCUCCCGAUUUCCCUUGCUCUCUGAUAGUGGCACAAGUGCUUGUUCCCUUACACCUAUACAUGCGUGUGUGUAAAUAUAUAAAGACCUUAUCUCUAAUAUGUCCGAUUUGUCAUAUUACUGUAAUCUUUUGUUUAUUAAUUAGAGUUAUCCCUAUUAAAAAAUGUGUCAAACAUUUGAUUCACAUUUAUACAAAUUAAAUAUUAAUUUUCGAAGAGGCCCAUUUUAUCGACCAUAACACCACAGAAGCAUGCAUAACGGUUGGAGAUUGGCCGUUAUAACAGUUUUUGGGUUAAGGGCACGAUUCUGUAAAAUAUUAUACCCUCAUAUAGUAUUAAUAUCUUGUUCUGUGAUCGUGGUUUAUAUAGUUUAUGUAUUGGUUAUGAUUAAUUUAUGUUACUGCUCAGGCAUUGACCAUGGACAGCAUGGCCCGCAAAGAUUCGACCACAGGAGAAGUUGUCAAUCUGAUGUCUGUGGAUGCAUCAAGAUUUGAGUCAGUCAUGAGCUAUCUGUGGACCGUGUGGUCAAGUCCGUUACAGAUAAUAGUCUCACUCUACUUGCUCUAUGAUAUGAUUGGUAAGCUGUCAUUGAUAUAGUUUUAGAAUAAAUCUGGUACAUUGUCAUUUUCCCGCUGAAUGAUACGACAGGCUAAUUCUUCAUCUUUUGUUUUUGACAUGCUAGUCAAUUAUUUUCUGUAUUACAUAUCAAAGGGGUCAUUUAAGUGUUUCAAGAGAUAAAAUGUCUUUUCAAUUGAAUUGUCAGAUAAUGGCUUAACUACUCUAUAUUUACUAUAUGACUUCAGUGAGGCAUUGUUGACUUAAUGUAUAGCAUAAUGGGUAAAGGUUUAAAAAAAAACAUCCAUCAUGUUCUAUGUUUUACUGGCUAAGGGAUGGCAAACGCACUCAAAACAUACACCGAAUUCUAUACACCAUUGGUAAAACACCAACAAAUUCUCAGUAAACUUUGUAUUAGACCUUGAAAUUUGGACUUGAAACCUCUCUUAUGCCCUGGUCCGGGGGUCACCAAACUUUUUUCACACUGACAAAAUGAUGAGCGUGGGCCACAUAAUCAUACUGUACAAUACUUGCAAGCCAGAAUGAAAGCUCUUGGAAUAAAGAUGAAAAACUAAGUUUAGUGUUUCAAGCAAAUCAUGGGGGAGUGGCGUGCAAUGCACAAAAAACAAAGACAACCAACAUAUUUAUUUACUAAAAAAGUUAUUAAAGAAGGCGACGUUAACAAAAAGAUAGUUACAUCAAACCUAAUGUGCACAUAUCCGAAUGUCACAAACUAAGCAGCAAAAAAGGUUAUUGAGAUUUGUUUGGCUUUCAAGAUAUCGCAAAUGUUUGGUUUGGAAUUGCUGCAUUCAAUCAAGAGAAUUGCUUUCAAAUGUUCAUCCGUCAAUCUCGUUGGAUGUGUUGACUUCACAUGCUUCAUUUUUGGAAAUGUUUGCUCACAGACAUAAGUUGUUCCAAACACUGAUGCCAUGCCAGCAGCAAAUUUCGUCAGUUUUGGAAAGUCAACAUCAGGUAAGCAGUGGUAAAAUUCAGCAAGUUUUCCUUCUCUGUGCUUCUAUUUCAACAAGUCUUGCUUGCAAAUUAAUGAGCUCCAACUGUAGUUCAUCUGGCACAUCAUCAAGGCUGCAAUCAAACGGAUUCUGAAACAGAUGAAUGUCACUCUCAAUUCUGUCAAGAUCUGAAAAUCUCUCCAAAAAAUGCUUCUUCAAGUAUAAUCAUUUUUUGGGAAAAUCGAGAUUGGCAUCUUCAGUUUGUAGCGCAAAACUGUUUGAAACAGUGAAAAUGAGAAAAGUUUUCUCCUUCCAAUUGUGCUUCAAACAAUGACAGCUUUCUCCGAAAUCCUUUGAUGAUUCUGUAGAGAUGACGGAUGAGUUGAUCCAUUCCCUGAAGUUUUAAGUUCAGUUCAUUUAUGUGGGAUGUGAUGGCGACCAAAAAUGACAACUUUGACAACCAGGUAGGAUCUGACAGCCAGGUAGGAUCUGACAGCCGGGUAGGAUCUGACAGCUGUGGAUCACCUUUGACAGCCAGGUAGGAUCUGACAGCUGUGGAUCACCUUUGAGAGCAAGGUAGGAUCUGACAGCUGUGGAUCACCUUUGACAGCCAGGUAGGAUCUGACAGCUGUGGAUAACCUUUGACAGCCAGGUAGGAUCUGACAGCUUUGGAUCAUCUUUGACAGCCAGGUAGGAUCUGACAGCUGUGGAUCACCUUUGUCAGCCAGGUAGGAGCUGACAGCUGUGGAUCACCUUUGAGAGCAAGGUAGGAUCUGACAGCUGUGGAUCACCUUUGACAGCCAGGUAGGAUCUGACAGCUGUGGAUCACCUUUGACAGCCAGGUAGGAUCUGACAGCUUUGGAUCAUCUUUGACAGCCAGGUAGGAUCUGACAGCUGUGGAUCACCUUUGACAGCCAGGUAGGAUCUGACAGCUGUGGAUCACCUUUGACAGCCAGGUAGGAUCUGACAGCUGUGGAUCACUUUUGACAGCCAGGAAAGAUAUGACAACUGGUGAUCAGCUCUAUCUUUUUCAGUGAGAAAAAGAUCAAUUUCGUUUUAGAGCUUGUAAAAAUGAAAUAGGGCUUUACCGCUGCUGAGCCACCUCAUGUGAAAAGGGAAGUCACAGAAUUCAGAAUCAAUUUAUUUUGCAAAAAAAAAAGUGACAGCAGAUUGCAAUAUAAAUGUCGGUCAUUCAAUUUUAGAAGUUACCUUUUUUUUUUGCCAGCAUAACUUGAUCCCACUAGGCCCUGCGAUGCGAUUAGUUAUUGUAUUCAUAUUAUAUACUAUAUGUUUAUUUAUUUUACUAAUAAGAUACUGUAUUGUACGAUUAUUAGACGAUAUUGUACGAUUUUAGGAGUUUGAGGGUAAACAGGUCUGCAAUAAACAAGAAAAUCUAGAGUAAUUGAAAAUGGUUAAUUUAAGGCGCAUAUUAGCCAGAAGGUCUCGGAACACGCGUGAAGAUGUAGUAUUCUAAACAUAAUAUUUAAAUUGGAUCACAAAUGUCUCGUGUUCAAUAGGUUUUAUCAAGCAAAUCCAAGUACCGUCGGAGGGCCUGAUGAACUGACGUUGCGGUCCGAAGUUUAGUGACCCCUGCCCUGGUCAAUAAAAUGUGAACCAAACUGCUUUGUCAUUUUUUUUUACUUCCACAGCUCUUAAGUUUGAGGUCAUUAGGUAAAGUUUAUUUAUUAUGAUGUUGUUGCUAUAUUUGAUCAGGAGUUUCAAUAUUCGCUGGUGUUGCUUUCCUGAUAGCCAUUAUAACAGCUAAUUUCCUGGUGUCAUCAAAACUGGGCUCCCUUCAGACUGAACUGAUGACCUUCAAAGAUGAGAGAAUGAAGGUCAUGAAUGAAUUACUCAGUGGCAUCAAGGUGACUACAAAUAUAAGAUCACUCACAACCUAACUUAUGUAUUCCAAAAUGAGAUCAGAUAAUUAUUGCAAAUUGGGAGACAUAUAAAUUAAAUAAAAUCAGAGUUUGUUCAAAUUGUGAUGUGUCCAGUUUUUGGGCCCGGUAAAAAAAUGUAUUCAUAUUUUUCUGGUUGUUUGAUAUGAAAGGUAUUUACUAGUCAUAUUUUGUGACAAAAUACAAGUACAUUUAUUGUUGUUAAUUAUCAUGUUAAUUAUCAGUUUAUAACUAAUACAGUUUGCCAUGCCAUCAGAACCUAAUAACAGUAGAAUUUAUUGAGAAAAGCUUUUUUUACCUGACUGAGCUUCUUGAAAUAGAAAAAGUAAAAGCUAAUUUAAAAAAAUGUAAAUCCCUUAACUCCAGCCACGCGUUUGCAGCGUCGUAUCAGUUUUAUAUAAGUGGCCAAUGUUUGCUCUCAAGUAAUCUGAGCCUUUGUAAAAAAACUGAAAGUUGUUGAAAUUGCCAAUGGCAAAAGAAAUGUUACCGUGUCAUUCAAACUUUUCUCAAAUGUGAGUUCUCUUAUAAAGGAGACUUGAUUAAAAUAUUUCAGCCAGUUGUAAGCUAUGAUUUAAAUAUUUCAGCCAAUAGUAAGCUAUGAUUAAAAUAUUUCAGCCAGUUGUAAGCUAUGAUUAAAAUAUUUCAGCCAGUUGUAAGCUAAGAUUUAAAUAUUUCAGACAAUAGUAAGCUAUGAUUAAAAUAUUUCAGCCAAUUGUAAGCUAUGGUUAAAAUAUUUCAGCCAAUUGUAAGCUAUGAUUAAAAUAUUUCAGCCAAUUGUAGGUUAUGUUGACUAGACAGUUCUCCUUUGAUCCAUCCAUUUUGACUUUCCCCCACAGAUUGUUAAACUGUUUGCCUGGGAGCUGAGCUUUGAACACAGGAUACUUGAAAUCAGAAACAAAGAACUUCUCAAAUUGAGGCAGUCAGCUCUUAUAGGAUCAGUGCUGAGUUUAUCUUGGAGUGUAGCACCUUUUGUGGUAGGUCAUGUCAUGGGUUUGGCACCUUUUGUGGUAGGUCAUGUCAUGGGUUUGGCACCUUUUGUGGUAGGUCAUGUCAUGUGUUUGGCACCUUUUGUGGUAGGCCAUAUCUUGGGAUGUGGCACCUUUUGUCGUAGGUCAUGUUAUGGGCUUGGCACCUUUUGUGGUAGGUCAUAUCAUGGGUUUGGCACAAUUUGUGGUAGGCCAUAUCUUGGAAUGUGGCACAAUUUGUGGUAGGCCAUAUCUUGGAUUGUGGCACAAUUUGUGGUAAGCCAUGUCUUGGAAUGUGGCACCUUUCGUGGUAGGCCAUGCCAUGGGUUUGGCACCUUUUUUUUUUUUAACUUAACUAUUUUGCUGAUUGUGGUUUUAUCGUUUAAUUGGUUGUAAGGGAUUUUCUGGAUUGUUUAUUAUCGUCCGUCUUUUUUCUCAUGAUGGGUGUAUGAGAAUUUUAGGAUAGUUAAAUAUGGUCAAUAUCAAAUUAUUUAUGAAUGAAUGAAAUUGUAGAACAAGGUAUGUUGAAGCUUGAAUCAACAGACAGGACAGUAAGAUUUUUGACACUUCGUCUUAGAGCUUCAAUAUACCUUGUCCUACUAUGACAUUUACACGGCUUGAAUGCAGUCCUUCAAUUAUUAUCUGUUAUGAAUGAAGCUGUAUCCACUGAAGCAUGUUUGUGAUCAUCUCAGUGAAUGUGUAAUAAGAAGAAAUUCUGUUUCUUACUUAUUUUUUUUUAAAGUUGUUUCUCUGUUGAGUAAAAUUAAAAAUCUUUUUUUAAUGUGAAAAACUGCAUAGAAUAUUCUCUGGGGUUUGCUUAUGCCUUUUUGCAUAUUUCAAGGUCACAUAUUUUUAAGCAUUUUUUGUGGUCACUAGGUACCCAAAAAAAUGCUACGAAAUGACAGAACACCAUAAACUAUAAGCUUUCAAUGCAAGCUGCCAUUCUUUUUUCACGAAUUCACGAAUUCUUUCCAUCAGCGCGAGGACUGAAAGAUAUAAAAAUUAUUUUGUUCCCCAAUCUGUACGAAUUUACCAACGUACUCCCUCUGAAGUCACACAUCUUAAUGAGAACUUAUAAGUCCCAGAUUUUGCUAAGAGAACUCACCGAAUGGCUGUUUGAAAAAAUUUAUUAUAAAUGUCUUGUGUUCAAAUGUUUUAUUUAUGUGCUGAAAAUGUAUAAUGCAAUCAUAAAACAUUUCCAUUUGUUUGGAUCAAUAAAAUAAUCUUAUCUUAUUUUAAAAUGUGAUAUGAGCAAGAAAUGCAAGAGGCAAUCUGAUUAGCUGCUACAAAGAACAGCCAGCUAAUCUCAAGGCUUGUAUUAUUAGGCCAAUGGCUUAUCUGCAUUUUGCCAUUUGAUUCUGUGCUCAUAGAUCAGCCCAGCUGUGUUAAUAUUUAACAUUUCUGGUAUUGUUUUUUAAUCUUCUAGACUAGGGCCUCUGCGAUCUACAAUAACUAUUUCAUCACUCAAUGUACCUGGGGAAAAAAAUGUAAUCCCUAUAAAAGACUUAUGAGCCAACCACCCCACCCCUGAAACAUUUGUAAAGAAGAAUUAUAAAAUGUAUAAAGUCUCAGGUUCACCUCAGAAAUAUAAAUAUAAAAAUCACAAAAUUUACAGCCCAGUAUGCUAUAUGCACAGCAUUAAUGCACAGCCAUAAUGCACAGCCAGCUUGCAGUAUAAUAUUAUUGCCAAGGUAAAUUUUCUAGCCAUUAUUUUACUAUGUGAAUCUUGAAAAUUUCUUGGUUAUCUAAAUGACCUUAAUGAUCAUCUGUGUUCCUAUAUAUCCAGGUGUCCUUGCUGUCCUUCAUGACAUAUGUCUUCAUAUCAGAGGACCACUACUUAGAUCCAAAAACUGCAUUUGUUGCCAUAGCCUUGUUUGACAUAUUACGUUUCGCCAUCAACAUGGCUCCCAUGAUUGUAACUGACUUGAUCAAGGUAAAAAUUUUCUUAAAUUUUAACCAACUGCCCUCACUAAAGACCUUGGCAAAAAGUUCAAAAUAUUGGAAAAAAAAAUAACUGUAGAAUUAUUUGAAAACGAACAGCACAUCUUAUACAGAAGCAUAUGGGUUACUUGAGUCUUGGAAAGAGAGAAGCUAACAAGCAGCUCAUUUUAUACAGUAGCCUAGGGGUUAAUUGAAAGCCUUGGAAAGAGAGUGUCUUGCUCUUCAUUACUAAUAUAUACUAAUACAUCCCAUUCACUUAAUUUAUCAAACAAACAAGUCACAAUACUUAAUAGUUUUGUUUCUUUGUGAGAAGAAAGUUCAUUACUUACUUAUAAAUGCAUUAUUGCAAUUGCAAAGCCCAAUCAUAAAAUUUUCAUCCAUACAAUUCAAUUUUGAAAGACUUUUAAACUCACACAUUUUGUGGAUACAACAAACAUCACAAAAGAAUGUUUGCUUCUUUAAACCCAAGAUUUGUUUCAUUUCAGACUUCAAUCUCAGCCCGGAGAAUUGAAAGUUUCUUAUAUCACGAUGACCUUGACCCUAAUAAUGUGUGUUACAAGGAUGCCUCAGGUAAUUUUUGGAGAUUAUGUGAUUGAAGUGUUGAAAAUGUAUUAAUAGGCCUAGUUUGAGUUUUCUUGUAAAGAUUCUGAUAAUUUCUUUGUCUUUAAGUUUGUAUUACAGCUGUCUAAAUAGCUCAUAUUGUUGUCAUCAUGUUUUGUUAUUUUCUUCAUUUAUUUAAUGUAAUUGUGGUUUUUUUUUAUAUCCCAAGCAAGAUAUUUUAAAAAGGCCAUUAUGUUUCAUCCCAGCUCAUUUAGUGAAUUAUUCAUUUUUUAUUUCAAGACCACGCAAUUUCAAUCAAAAAUGGAGUUUUCAGGUGGACCCCUGACUUGCCGUCAACACUGAAAAAGUAGGUGGCAUUUGUUUAUUAUUAUAUAACAAUGUUUAUUCAAUAAAUACUGAUAACGUUUUCCCCCUGCCACAAUAGGCAACUUGCCUGCCUCUUGACCAAGAAGUAAGCAGGGUAAAGUUCAUCACAGGUGUUAUGUACCAUUAUAAGGUUUAGAGAAUUGAAUCGGUUAUUUCAAAAUAUGGCUAGUUGAUAAACAGUACACAACAAAGGGACAAUAACAUUGAUUAAAAUACAUUAAUAAAGAACGAUAUCCAAACUAGGGCUAAUUACAAUUUAUUAAAGCUAAGCUUAAAUUAUGAAAUAAAAAAAUUAAGCUAUUCGCUUACAGUAAAGCAAUGAACUGGCUCCGGUACAAUGCUGGGAAGGUGCACAGACAAACAAUAAAUAGCAUUUACAAAACUACUGUCAGCGCCGUAUGUCAGUCUAUUUGUCUCACUGUCGCCUUGCUUAAUGGCAAUGUCCGACUCUUACUCUCGCAAUCUGUCUCUCCCCGUUGAUCAGCUUAUUUAUAGUCUCACAUAGAGACUUAUUCCAGAAGAGGAUCGAGACUAGCGCUCUCUCUGUGUCCUUAGAGCUUUCUUGUAAGUUCUAUCAAAAUCGACAAGAUGCUGUGUUUACAUUUAAUCAAGGUCAAGGGAGACAAUUUACAAUUAGGCCACAUGCCGUGUCACCCAACUUGGGGGUCACCCAAAGUUAACGCACGAGAAACACACAUCUACCAUAACACAGGUCAUUCUAUGCAGGUGUCCACGGGAGGAGGUAAAUUUUCAGUUUAAAAAUCUUAAUGUGGAAAACAGGAAGUCAACUUGACUUGGGACUAAAAAUCUUUGCAAGAGCAGCUGUAGUCUUGGAUUAAAUAAAAGUCUGGGAUGUUAAAAAAAUACAAAAGGCCACUUAGCUUAUAACAUUUUGAAUACGAUGAUAUGCAAAAAAAAAGUUUGUUUGGUUGUUAUGAAAUAAUGAUAUUUAUUUUAGUUUUAAUUUUUAAAAAUAAUAAUUUUUAAAUUUUUUUUUUUUGAAUUGUUGAUGAAUGUGUUGAUUGACCGAAACCAUUAGUAAAUGUUUGAAAUUGUUCAGCAUCAACAUCACCAUUGACGAUGGAAAUUUGGUAGCUGUUGUGGGAACAGUCGGAAGUGGCAAGUCAUCAUUAAUUUCAGCCAUUCUCGGAGAGAUGGAAAAAAUGGAGGGCAUGAUCACCAUUAAGGUGAGAUUCUUUGCUUGCAUAAAAACCAGCGCCAUAGGGAUGUUUUUUGUUCACAUAAAGGGGCUUUAUACAUGUUUUUACAAUGUGUUAGGUUCACAUAAAGGGGCUUUAUACAUGUUUUUACAAUGUGUUAGGUUCCAUAAAGGGGCUUUAUACAUGUUUUUACAAUGUGUUAGGUUCACAUAAAGGGGCUUUACACAUGUUUUUACAAUGUGUUAGGUUCCAUAAAGGGGCUUUAUACAUGUUUUUACAAUGUGUUAGGUUCCAUAAAGGGGCUUUAUACAUGUUUUUACAAUGUGUUAGGUUCCAUAAAGGGGCUUUAUACAUGUUUUUACAAUGUGUUAGGUUCCAUAAUGUGCGUGCAAGGUGUUGAAUUUCAAGUGUAAUGAAGGUGUUAGUCACAAUAAUGGAUGUAAGGUGGUAGUCACAAUAAUGGAUAUAAGGUGGUAGUCACAAUAAUGUGUUAGGUUCCAAACGUGAGUGCAAGGUGUUGGAUGUCAAGUGUAAUGAAGGUGUUAGUCACAAUAAGGGAUGUACAAAUCGUUGGUAUUCACUGUAUGCAAUGGUGAAAAUCUUGUAGAGAUCAUCCUCUAAUUCAGGGGUGGCAACCUUUUUUGAGAGAGGACCCAGGCUUAUAAAUAAUGUCUUCUUAGAAAACAUUUUGGGUGCAGCUGGCAGGGGUGGAUUGUUAAACUUCAUUAGAGAUUAUGAAAAGAAGGAAAAAAAAACGGCGCCCAUAAUUUAAAAACCCUGCAUGCGUCUCUGAGACAGCAGGUUUUGACCAACGGCCCAGUUCAUAGGGUCCCCAACUCAUUGUUAGUGACCCUGUUUGAGGAUCCCAAAGUUUUUCUGCCUGGGUUGCUGGGCGAAACUCAAAUCAUUUUUAUUUAGAAUUCACCAUGUUUAAAUUUAUGUCAUAAUACCCCCCCCCCCCCCCCCCCCUUUUUUUUUUUUUUUUUUUUUUUUUGUGGAUAACGGGACUCGGGAAUUUCUUGUAACAACCUCUUUUUCCAUGUUUCCCAAAUAGCACUCCAUUGCAUGUUAUAAAGCUUCUCUUUCGUUGCGAGUUGAUCAAACCAAUACNAAAAAGGGGGGGGGGGGGGGACCUGUGUGUUCUAGUUUAAUUGCAUGAAUAUGAAAUGACAGUUUAAGAAAGUAAAUGUAAUCUUGAAAUAGUCAACUGACCUUUCCCAGGGCAGUUUGGCUUAUGUCUCCCAGCAAGCUUGGAUACAGAAUGACACCCUCAGAAACAACAUCUUGUUUGGGAAACCUCUGAAUGAAGACUUGUAUAACAGAUGCCUCGAUGGUUGUGCUCUCAGACAUGACUUGGACAUUCUGCCAGCUGGGGAUUUGACUGAGAUUGGUGAAAGGGUUUGAUCGUUUUCUACAUUUUUGUCCAAAAUUUCUCACAUUUAAAUCUCAAAUACAUAGUAGAAAAUGUAUGGAGCUGUUAUCACAUGACCUCACAGGUAAACUUUUAUGAAGUCUCUUGUUGAGAAGCAAUAAACUCUGAUACCAUAAGAGUGAGAUUGUUACUUGCUGAAUUCUUAGAUGCAGUUGAACACUUAAUCAUUUAAAGAUUAUAAAGUUUUCGAUAAAACAAGAAAUUUUUUAUGUCACACUUUGAGGACUUGGAAGAGUUCAUGGUUAUGACCUGUAACAGCUCAAUUAUUACAAUAAUAAAUUGUUUCGUAAUUUAGUAUUAAUAUACGUUUGAUAUUGAAAUGUCAUGCGCGGAAGGAGAGGAAGUGAUUUUGAAUAUGGUCAAGUUGGACUCAUAAAAUUUUUUGCGCUUGCAAUAAUAUAUCUCACGGCAUCGGAUUAGCCAUCAUUUUAUUUGAGUGUAUUAAGAAAUAAGUGAAGUUUAUAAAAUCAGGACGAUUAUUUUACUCCAACCUGGAGAUUUAUUUCUCCUAUUUGCGAAACGUACUGUGUAAAUAAAAGAUAUUGAUGCAACCACAUCGGACUUUCCUCAUGCUUCCACAUAAAUAAUUAUCGUAAUAAUUAUCAGUCACCACUGCAAAGCAGGAUACAUGUAUACAGCUAUAAAUGAUAAGUAACUAAAGAAAUAGUGUGGUCAACAUAUCCAAUCAUACAAGUCGUUACAUGACCAUUUCCUUUUCUUUUUAAUUCAAGAUUUGACUUAACCUCAAAACCAAAUGAUUAAAAUACUGUGAAGAUAUUUGUAUGUAAAGUCUUGACCCGUGAUACACUAUUUCUCUUUAGGGUAUAAAUUUAUCAGGUGGACAAAAGCAGCGUGUGGCCCUGGCACGCGCCAUCUACGCCCAAGCUGACAUUUAUUUAUUGGAUGAUCCCCUGAGUGCUGUGGACUCUCAUGUUGGAAAACACAUUUUUGAUCAUGUGAUCAGCGCCAAUGGACUUCUUGGUGGCAAGGUGAGUACUUAUUAAUCAGAACUUAAAGAAUAUAAUCAAGGGAUUAAAAUCUUAUUUGUUCUCUCAGGGCCUAAGAUUUGAAAAGCUGUGUGUACAAAGUUCUAAGGACUCUAAAGAGGAACUUGAUUUUUUUUUUGUCAGCCACUAGUUUCAAAAAUAUUACCUGGGAUAAUUUGUGGAACUUUUUGAUGCACCUUUUAAAAUAUGCUGCAACAUUUCCUUUGACUUCCUCAGGUGAGAGUUCUGGUCACUCAUGGUAUACAGUACCUCCCAUUUACUGAUCAUAUUAUAGUGCUGACAAAUGGUGAAAUUUCAGAGGCAGGCCAAUACAAUAAUCUUCUCUCACACAAGGGUCCAUUUGCUAAGCUGAUAACAACAUAUCUAGUGAAACUUCUUUCUGAAGAUAAAUCUGAAUGUAAGUUUUUCUUUGGAAAAUAUACAGUUUUAUUUGACAGAAUGUCCUUAAGAUUAAGCACUUCUUUUUUUUGGUCAUAGAUUACAGAUAAGAAAUUUUGUUUAGAGUGGCAGAAAUUUUUUGAAUGGGCAAGUUACUGUCAUUGAACUGAAUAAACAAAAUGUGAGAAUUUUGUAAUAAAGUUUUUCAAAUCCAAAUUUUAGACUCAGGUGAAACAUUUUUUAAAUGACACACAAUUGUUUUUAUCAGACAUGUUGGAUCUAAAGUUUCACAACUGCAUGACACAAUGCAGGAGAAACAGAGAAUCUUAAAUUGUAUGAUUAUAAGAAUUGCACUACCUUCACUGUAGUGGUCAACUUAGACACACAAACUAAGUUUACUAAGACUUUCUUACCAUGAGUAAAAUGGUUAUUUUAUUUGAUAUUUAAUGCCAUCCUGUAGUUCAAUGGUGGAGCUUCUGCCUUGUCACCAGGAAUCGGCUUGUUGUAAUUCAUCUGUUUGUUUGUCCCAAACUAAGGGGCAGGUAGAAUUUACUCAUCUGCCCAGUAUUUUCUAAAUCUGCUGAGGAAACUAAGCUUUUAACAAAUUUAUGUGAAAAUAAUUUCAGUUAAAGAAUUAAAAGUUCUCUCAGAGUCUGAAGAUGAUGACUAUAACAGCAGCGCAGCCCCUGAAUUACUGAGACAACUUUCUGCAACGUAAUAUAUUUCAUUAAAAUUGGUUUGAAAGUUAAAUUAGCUGUUGUGCACGAAGACAAAUUGUUGAACCUUUGUCUUACAUUGAACUUAAUCUUUUCUCACAUUAGUUAUAUAUUUCUGAUAAUUCUUAAACAACAUUAACAAAAACACGAUCUGAAUCUACAUAUUAUGCUUUCAGUGUGGUCACAGAAAAUAAAGAAAGCUUAGUUGAAGAGAAGUUGGACCCCCAGCAGAUUAGUCAUCAGAAUUUAGAAGCUAAUCUAAUAGAGGAGGAAAUAGUAGCCACUGGGACUGUAAGUAAUCAUGUUUGCAAUGUGAAAAAAAAAUUAUUUUGGAAAUACUUAAAUUAUGUACUUAAUAAGUGACUGAAAUUUAUAUUCUUAAUUAUUUAAUUACAUAAUGUGACUAUUUGUAUAAUUUUUUUAUUGUCAAAUUUAUUAUUUUUCGUACAAAAAUGUAUCAUUUAUAAUGUGUUUGGAGUAGCAGGCAUGUUCAUUGAAAUAUCUUUGUAGCUAAAGUUGGGGUAGAAAUUACUCCCUAGUUUUAGUUAGAGCCAACGUAAAAGUUUCAAUGGACAUUGUUGAACUGUUGCUGUUGACAUGCAUUCCUUCCACUCAAGAUUUCAGAUUGUUAGUGAUGCAUUUCAAAUAACUUCUUUUCCCUACAGGUAAAACUUAGUGUUUUCAAACAGUAUGGCAAAUCACUGGGCCUGGGGUACAUGCUGAUCAUCCUAGUUCUGUAUUCUGUGUUUACCGCCGCCUACAUGGGCGCAUCAGUAUUUUUAAGCAUUUGGACUGAUGAUGGCCAGCUGGCCAAUUUGACGGCGUGGCCCAGGAACAGCACGGAGAGGAUGGAUCAAAACAGUUUUUACAUUGGCAUUUAUGGAGCCUUAGGAAUUGUUCAGAGUAAUGCCUUUUGUUUUUUGUUCAGAGUAAUGCCUAUGUGUCUUGUUCAGAGUAAUGCCUUUUGUUUUUUGUUCAGAGUAAUGCCUAUGUGUCUUGUUCAGAGUAAUGCCUUUUGUGUCUUGUUCAGAGUAAUGCCUUUUGUGUCUUGUUCAGAGUAAUGCCUUUUGUUUUUUAUUCAGAGUAAUGCUUUGUUAUAAUAAAUGAUGAGUUUUCUAACACAAAACAAAAUAUACUGAAUGUACUCUAGCAGGAAAAUGUAAAAAAAAUUUAUGUGAUGCUUAUAAUGAUUUUAAAAUUUUAAUUCUAGAGUACAUUCAGUAUACAGAUGUCCCCUGUCGAUCACGGGGAUUAGGUUUCAGACCCCUCCACCCAUCCCACGAUAGGUGAAAAUCCACAAAGCAACAACCUUAUAUUUAAUAUAUUAUUUAUAUUUAUUUCAUGGCUUCAUAAGCUGCCCCCACACAGUUAUUUACCUUUCCCAGACUCUUUUAAACACGUCCCAGGAAAACACUUGCUACACUCUGUAACCUAUGUGAUUUUAAGAACAUAGGUGCUCACCACGAUACAAGGUUAGAUAUAAGCAAGUAAAAAAAUCUUGGAUACAGUGAGAUGGUGAAAAGUGAACAGCGUCAUGGCGAGGGAUGAGUGUAUUUUCUUUUGUGUUGGAAAAAGUCAAGUUGUGGGUUUUCUGUGAUAUAGUUUGAUAUUUGAAAGUAACUUGCAUCAAUACAGACUAAAAAGCUAAUUUAGUUCCCCUUAUAAUUAUUUGUCUUGUAAUCUACAAAUGCAUUGCUUAUUGAUCACUAUUUCUAUGGGAUCUCUGAAUGAGAGCUAGACUCGAUCAGUUUGUAGGACUUUUUUUCUACUUGUACUAAGUGCAAUGCCUUUAGCUUUCUAAGGAGCAGGAGUCACAGGCUUGCUGCUCCUAUUCUGUGUUAGUUUUGUCCAUGUUUAAACAAAAUCAAGAAAUUAGCAUCUUUCUUUCUUUACUUUUUCAUUUAUUUAUGUGCCGUAUUUUUUAAAUAUUAAUAAAAAAAAUAUUUCUGCAGCUGUUUUGCUUCUGGCUUUUACCUUGGUGCUAAACCUGCGAAGCAUUCAUGCGUCACGCAAGCUACACAGCUCCAUGUUAGAUCAAGUUCUGCGUGCGCCCAUGUCUUUUUUUGACACAACUCCUGUGGGUCGGAUCAUCAAUCGCUUCUCCAAGGACUUGGACGAUGUUGAUGAGGAGAUACCCUUGACAUUACACAUGUGGCUUGAGUGUGUCUUCCAUGUGCUUGCCACCAUCAUCAUCGUAUCCUACAGCACACCUUUAUUCAUGGCCUUUAUCCUACCAGUCGGGGUCCUUUAUUUCUUCAUACAGGUUGGUGAGAUUGUUUUGCUUGAAACGGUUGUAUAAGAUAAAUAGAACAAGAAUGGUUUUGGCUUGAGGAAAAAAAAGGAAAUUUAUAAAAUUAUAACCCAAAACAUAUCUUGUUCCACUAUUUAUUUAUUUUACGCAGCUCCAACACAGUCCCUCAUACAUUAUUAGUUUUUGUCUUAGAUUAAAACAACUUCCUGUCGAGCCUAUCUACAGCAGAAAGCUAAUUUCGGAUUAACUUAUUUUCUUUUGAUUAUAAUGUUGUGCUUGCUGAUGAAGGCUUGGAGCCGAAAUGUUCUUUGUGUCUGGUAUUGUUAUGUAAGCUGUCACAUGUCAUGUUCUACUCUACAGUGAUGGCGGCUUGAACAGAGAAUCUACAUUAUUAUCCUUUGUUUUGAUUGACUUGUUCAUUUCAAAACAGUUGUAGGGGAGUUCAAUAUUAAUGAUAUCUUAAAAGUUUUUUAACAUGAGUGGGUUGUAUUUUUUUUAAAUAUAUGACUCAUAGAAUUAAUUGUCUCAGCAGCCCAGAAACAAAGCUAUUCUUCAGGUUGAGUUAUACCUCGUUAUACCUGAGUUUUAAAAAACAUGAAUCUCUGCAGACUCCUUUCAACUAAAUUCAAGAUUGAAAAUUGGCUGUCAACACAAUAAUGGCUUUAGACUUUACUGCUGGGGGAAUAAAAUCCAGAAUGUAAAAAAAGUAUUACAGUUUGACAUCAAUAAUCCGGGUUUUCUAAAAUUUGGAGCAUCAAAUAUUUGGAUAGCCUUAUCAUAAAAAAAUUUUUUGUGGAGUGAGAAUUGAAAUGUGAAUUGAAGUGUACACAUUCUCGGGUGUUGCAACGACAGCAACCUUUCAAAAAUAAUUUGGUAAACAAAUCUUUGUUUAAAUACCCUUUGGAAGACCCAGAUAAGUCGAGAUAAGUCAUUGAUCAGAAGGGUGUCAAACCACCAUUAGUCUAAAUUAUCAAGGUCUCUAAAACUAUCCUAUAAAAAGGGUUUGGACUGUGAUCAAGCUUUUAAGCAGAAUAUUGAGACACAAACAACUUGUGUAGAUAACACAGUUUUUACCUACCAUUGUAAGGUUUACAAAUUUAAUCUGUUCUUUUAAAAUUUGGUUCCUUAAAUGAACAAUGCGAAACAAAAAACUGAAAAAAUGUAUGGAAAGAAAAACAAAACCAAAGCUAGUGUUGUUAACAAUGAUCACUGUAAGUAUACUAUUAAGAGUAUUUAAAAAUACAAAAUCAAAUAAACAGAAAUAAUAACUAAAUUAUUAACUUACACUUAUUGCACCGCAAGUGAAAAGAAAAUACUAGAAAAAUACAAAUAUUAAUCUACAGGCAGACACAGGGAAAACGUUGUAAGUCUUGUAAGGCCUCUUGUCUUGCAUCUCUCUUACGUCUGCCGGUCACAGUCUACCGUGGUAUUUAUAGUGAGUGAGUCAGAAUCCUGCAGAAUAGAAAGUCUAGAUAUUCAAUUACCAGAGAUGAUUUUUUUCUACCCCUAAGUAGACACUUAUGUAAAUGUAGCAAGAGUGGCAGCACAUGUGCCCAAGAUAAUUGGUGACAUUGUAAAAAAGGCAAAGAGGCAGGUAAGGGUUGUAUGCCACGACUGGACACCACGCAGGGUGAACAAAAAACUAAGUCGACACAUAGGCUAUAGCACAAUACAAGUUAAGCUUUGAUUAUUAUUAGACAAAAUGCAAAUUCAAACAUUUCGGCACAACAAAACACAUUUUUAUUAUUACAAAUUAAUAUAACAUCAUCUAAAAAUGAAAGAAAAUAAAAGAAUGGGCAUAAGUCCCUAACGAAAACAAAUAUCAGAAAAACGUGAAGAAAGUGAGUGGAAGUACAAUAUAAAAAACCAAACUGGAAAAACUGCAAUUUAAUAUAUUAUUUUAAAGUAGCAAGUUCAGUAAAGAAUGUUUAAACCGUUUGAAAUAAUUGUAAAGAUUUUAAGUGCUUCAGGUUUCUACUUUUAGUUUUGAUCAGGAACAAAGGAGUAAUGUCAGGAUUUUGUUCACUAGAACCUGGUGGUGUGACAUGAAACUGUGCAUCAAAUCACAGGGUUGAAGAUUGUGCUAGUAUAAUGUAAAAAGUAGCUUUUAGACAACAAAAUAUUUUAAUUUAACCUAGAAUUAAAUGUUUGGUAUGAGAAAGCAAGUGCAAGGGGAUGAACAAAUUGUCCACAUUCUUACACACUGAGUACCCCUCUGAUUGGAGUUGAGCUUUGAAUGCUGUCUUCUGUUGUCAUCCACUAGAGAUAUUAUAUUGUGAAAACCCCUCAUAUUGGAGUUGAGCUUUGAAUGCUGUCUUCUGUUGUCAUCCGCCAGAGAUAUUAUAUUGUUACAUCAAGACAGCUCAAGAGACUGGGAGCUAAAACAACCUCUCCCAUCUUCAAUCACUUCAGUGAAACAUUGGCGGGAGCAAGUGUCAUCAGAGCGUUUGGUGCAGAGAAGAGAUUUGUCAUGGAAUGUGACAGUAAGGUUGACCUCAAUCAGAUUUGUAAGUUCUUCAACUACACCUGCAACAGGUAAAGAAUUAUUUCAUGUUGUCUCAUUAAUUAUUUUUAAAAAUGAUAUACAUCAUUGGUUAAGCUUUUCUUCUUUUAUUCAUAUAUGAAUUUUACCUUAUAUAUAUAGACUAGAUUAGAUAUAAUUUUGUUAAUAGCUUGAAGAGGUUUUGUAUACAUACCUUUUAUUUAUACAUAAUUAUUCUUUUGGUGUCAGAUGGCUGGGCAAUCGCACUGAGUUAGUUGGAAACCUGAUUGUACUGACAGCAACACUUAUUGCAGUCAGCAGCACAGACUCCAUCAGUGCUGGCAUCAUGGGACUCUCCAUAAGUUAUGCAUUGCAGGUGUGUUGAAAGAUUUUUUCCUAAACUGUGUUAGCAUCAUGGGACUCAAUAAUAGUGUUAGUAUCUUGGGAUUCUAUGACAGUGUUAGCAUCAUAGAAUGUUAUAACAGUGUUAGCGUCAUGAGAUUCUCUAAUUGCAGUGUUUUCAUUAUGGGACUCACAUAACAGUGGUGGAUAAUCCACACGUGAUCCACCUUGUCAAAUAUUUUGACCAGCGGAUGGAUGAUUUAUUCCAAAUAAACUUAUUUUUUCUUUAUUUAAUAGACAAAGAAAUUGAUUUAAAAACGAUGAGUGAGAGAAGGGGUAACAUGUUAUCACAUUAGUUUAGUUUUACUCUCUUUUAUUAUUGAAAACUAGAAAAUAUCACCCGAUGUUAUCGAGAUAAUAGGGCAGGAACUUUGCGAUAAUUUCCACUUGCUACUGCGAAAACUCGUCACAAUUCCGUAUUUAAAAAGAAAAGUUUCUAUGUAAUGAUGUUGACGUUUCCUGUAUCAUUAAAAGUUUUGAGAAGUAUUUAUCUGCUAUAUCUUAUACGCCUACCCUACCCAUUUUCGCGCCCCUAAGCUACAAUUAUUUUUUCUAUAAAUGUGACCUUAAAUUGCCAAAUCUAAGUGAUCACUAAUUAAAUCAUUAUUGUCAGUAAAGGAGCUCAUUGACGGCUGCUUUCUACGCUCAUUAUUUGGCCUACACUAUCACUUUUUGUACCCAUAAACUUUAAAAAAAAAUUCUCUAAAAAUUGUAAAAACUUAAUCUUUAAUUUACAACAAAAACUCUAUAUAUCAUUUUAAAUAUUUUAUAUAAUCAGAAUUUGAUACACUGAUAUCUACAUUAAAAAUUUAGCCAAACUUUUGCCUUUUUUACUAUAUUAUCAGAAAAUCGUAAAACAAAGAAUUACUUUAUCUAAAGAAGACUUACUUAAUUGUUUUUCACGUCUGUAACAGCUAUAAGUGUCAUUUACAGAAAUAUUAUUAAUCUCAUAACAAUAAACACCCACUUUGCUGUUUGCUAAGUAAAAACAAAAAUAAAUCUUCAUUUUUUUAAGAGAAAAUCUUUACCCAUCUCUGUUUUGAAAAUUAAAUUUUCACUUGUGUAAAAUUAUUGGGUUUUUAUAUUCAUGGGUAUAGUUAUGUAAAUGUAACAACGUUUUGUUAACAUCAUUGAUUUUCUUAAUUGCUAAACAUAUGUUUAUCAUUAAAAUGAGAAUACAGCAUCUGUUUUUCACAACUGUAAUAUCAUUGGAUUUAAAAAUUUACACACCCUAUUUCCUACCCCUGAUAAAUAUGUACCUAAGAAGGUUAAUUAUUUAUCAAAUUCAUUGAGGUGUAUCUUGUGCUGCCUGGGGCAAAAUAAAAGUAUCGUGUAAAACACACACACACACACACACGCACCCCCCCCCCCAGUUUAAAAACAUUAAUAAAAUUAUACACGGGAUUGUAGCCCCCUUAUGGACGCACAAACACAUUUUUUGCACUUCAUAUGGUUUGUUCUUAUUUGGAUGAGUGAUAAGUGCAUUAGUGAAUGCUAUUUGGCUAUGGGGUGUCGCUGCACUUAUUGACACAAACAGCACUUUCUUAUUAAGAGUGUUUUAAAAGGUUAAGUUUUUAUUACUUUUUAAUUUAAUAAAAGUAUAUUUUUGGAAUGAAUACUAAGUAAAAUCUUAUUAAAUAUUAAAAAAAGAAAGCUAACAACAUUUUUUGUGAUUUAUUAAUAAUUUAAAAAGCAAUCCAUUAUACUUCUUAAUUUUAAUUUUAAGAAAGGGAAAAUACAUUAUCAGUUUUGUUAUUAAAUAAAAUAAACUCAGAGCAUUGGCUAAAACAGGCAAUCGCGCUAUGACGUCAUUUGGGUAUUUAUUUAUAUCAAAUAAGAUGUGAUGACAUGCAGCCAAUGAAAGGUUUACUUGCUAUCAAAAUGGCCAGCAAAACCUUUUUGGGUUGGCUGCUCCUGCUCUGUAACAUAUGCAUUGCAGGUGUGUUGCCAGAUUUUUUCACGAAAUUAGACCUUUUAAAAAAGAGAGAGCUGGAAGUGGGAAUGAAGUAAAAAAAAUAUUCUGAUUAAAAAAAUGUAUAAUCUUUUCCAUUUUGUAGUCACAGUUCUGAGAUAAUUUUACAUACUCAAAUAAUAUCCAAAUUAUAAGGUCUCUUGUUUGUCACACAAUGGAUAUAGACUAGUAUAAUGUUGUUUUUUGUCUUGCCACACAAUCCAUGUAAUGCUGUUUCUUGACCUGCCACACAGAUCACAGAAAGUUUAAAUUGGAUGGUGAGGUUGACCAGUGACAUGGAGACACAGGUUGUGUCCCUGGAGAGAAUUGUUGAAUACACAGAGAUUGAAACUGAGGUAAAUUAUCAGGGUAAAUUAGGAAAUAGAAAUUGAAGUUAUUUAACACAAAUGCACUGUUUUACCAAGGAAUAGAUCCUUAUUUAAAGAAGUUAGUGAGACUUUAAAAGUAACAUGAGGAAUUCUUUGAAAAAGUUUGAUGAAAGAUUUUCAGUAACUUUAUAAUAAAAAAAAUUCCAGGCAGCUUGGGAUAAUUUUAUGUACAGAAGUCCAAUGGGUUGGCCACAGGAUGGACACGUGAAAAUUGAAGAUCUUAGUGUUUGCUAUAGAGACGGCCUUGAACUUGUGUUGAAAAGUAUAAGCUUUGAGGUGAACCCAGGGGAGAAAGUAAGUCAUUUUAAAACAAUUCCAGAUCACAGCAGUAUGUAGAUUAAAAAAUAUAUAAUUCAUCAUUUUUACUAUAAAAGCCACAGACUCAUAAAAAAAGUCUUUUUAAAUUAAAUCAUAAAUAAAUUUGUUAAAACUGAUCUUAAAUACAUUAAUUUAAAUAAAUCAUACUAAGAUUCUGUUUAAAUAGAUUAUAAAUAAGACCGUUGAAAUAGAUCAUAAAUAAGUGUAUUAAAAUUAGAUGCUGUACAUUUAACCCUGAUUUUUCCCCUAGGUAGGAAUAGUAGGCCGAACUGGGGCAGGAAAAUCUUCACUGGUUCUUGCUCUGUUUCGAUUGGUGGAGCCUGUGGGAGGGCGGAUCCUGAUUGAUGAUGUGGAUAUAAGUAAACUUGGCUUACAUGAUCUCAGGUCAAAGGUCACUAUAAUUCCUCAGGUGGGACAUCUUAAAACUGUUUAUGAUAUGCUAAUAUUGAGUUAUUUGAUAGUGAUUCCUGUCCAAUGUGUCAGGAAGCGCUGGCUGUUUACUGAUAGUUGGUAAAAAGUGCAUAGCAAGACGAGCAUCAGACCAGGCACAGGUAAGGGACCACGAUAAGGUCUGCCAUAAAUAGAUUUUAGUUGUUGACUUGUUGUAUUCCACUGAUGAUGAAGACUCUUCAGUGAAGGGAAUGUCCUAGGGCAGCUGUGUCAUUCCUGCCAGUAUCACACUAGCUCGUCACUUAAGAAAAGCUCCCAGUCUUUCUUAAAACGUGACUGUCAUUUUCCAGGGAUGGUUAAAGGUGACUGUCAAUGCCGGGAUGGUUUAAGAUGUAGGCACUUCGGUGAAAUCCAGGAAGUGCCAAAAAACGGGUGUCGUGAUUUUGUUGGGAAAAUGGCGACCUCCACUUUUUAAUUUACGGAGAGUCUCGUUGUUAACGAUUUUUUUGCCAAUUAUAUCCCGGCAUACUCAUUCUACUUCCGUCCACAUUUUAAAGUAGGCAUAAUGUGUUUUCAUUUGAGACUUUAGUUCCAAAAAGACAUUUGUGGCUUCACUUUGAAAAUUGAAGGUAAAAUAACGAUAUUUUUACUCAUUCAUAUUUUUUUUUGUAGAAAGGUUAUAUCGCUUGAAUUUUAGGUCCUUUAUAGAUAAUGGCAUUAACUACAACAUAUCCAAGACAUGUUAGGUUAGCCCCAGCGGUAUGGUCAGCAAUUUACCCGGCAAUUUUAGUCAUGUGUGUCCCAAAAUGAACUAUUAUGGAUAAUUUUUUUUUAAUAUAGUAAAUAAUUUGCUUUAGAUGGGAAAAUCAGCAUAUUACCCACAAGUACUCAGUUUUAAACAAAAUAACAUAAUUUAAUAGCACCAUUGAGAAUAUUUUAAUUUAAUCUGAUGCUUUUAUUUUGAUUUUGAGUUAAUAGUAUUGCUUUUGCAACUGCUUUGGGGAGUGUGAUAAUUUAUAGAUACAAUAUUAUUUAGAUUAUAUAGUGAUUAUAUUUUAUGUAUAGUUUAGCUCCUAUAAAUGGACCUAUUUUAUGUAAUGAUAUUGUAGGCAAAUUUAUGAUUAAUUUAAAUACUUGAAGUAAUUUAUUGUUUUAAUGAAUAAGAUGUUAUCUUGAGAAUGGGAAUGGCUCCAAUUACAUAUCAAAUCUGUUGUGGUCUAGGAAGCUACAACUUCUCUACAAAAUUACUAAUUUUUUUAUAACCUUGGUGACAGCAAGUUUAUUAUGAAUAACAUUUUUGUCUUCUUUUUUUUUAUAAUUAUCUGUUCUCACAGUGAGAAUGGACACCAAACCAGCAGAUAGGUUCAAUGUCAAUGAGCUACUUAAAGCUUAUGAUCAGUUUUCUGAUCCACUCACCAUUGGUCAUGUCAUAAACCUAUUUCUUGCCAACCAAAAGAAUUUGAAUAAAACUGUAGAGGCUUUAAUUUCUCACUAAAGACAAUAACAAACACAGAUCCCUUAACCUCAGAGAACAAAGUGAUGAAACUUAAAGUUUGAAACCUGACAACAAGAUACAAAAACAUUAUUAGGUACAAAAAAGACAAUAGGAAUAAACUUGUUUCGUUUUUAGCUUUAAAGUUUGAACCAGUAAGCCUAUGAAAACACAAGAAAAGAAAUACAACAGUUGAAUCCAAAACUGUACAGGUUAUUGCUGGACCAUCAUCUGAAAAUACUGAUCACUACUCAUUAAGAGAAGAUUGGAAGAAUUGUACAAGGAAAAGAAAAUUAAAUGAACAAUUAAUGGAAGAAAAUAAAAAAACUGAAGUCUGAAAAUAAAACCAUUAAAAAGCAAUACAGUUAUAAGAUAGUAAAACAAAAAAUGAAAAGAAUGGGAGAAAGUUUAUCAAAACAGCAACAAAAAAAUAGAAGUUUAAACGCCUAAAUUUGGUGUAUUAAAAAAGAUUGAACAGGAGAAUAUUGACUAAGUACUAUUCAAGCAACAAUCAUUAAAAACUUGAGGAACAGAAUUAGGAAAAAGAAUGUUUCAUUAGUUCAAAAUACAAAAGAAAUAAAAUUACUUAAACUAGAAAUUAGAGAUAAACAAAUACUUAUUAGUAAAUUAAAUUUAACUUGUCAAGUAAAGAAAGUACUUAAAAGAAUUUAAAGAGCAAAAGGUUAUUAGGGUAAGGGAAGGUAAGUCAUACAAUAUGUCAACAAAACUGUGUAUGUAUCAAUCACUGUUGUCUAAUGUACAAGUGUCUGCUGCUGGUCAGUUGAUCUCAUUUAAUGUAUAGCAAAUGACUGGCAUCAGACUUGAGUGUGUGCCUCAGCAGACAAUAGUGGCUCAGAUGACAUACGAGUUGGGCAUCUUGGCCAACUUGCAUGUAGGAGAGGCUUUAGCAACCCAUGACAAUGUCACACUGUCGUGGGAUGCUACUUCAAUGGGACCCUCUCACAUCAAUGAAAUGCACAUAUCCACUUCACCCACAGGCCAUCUAACAUUAGACAUUAGAGAGUUAGCAGGUGGCAAGGCAGUAGUUUAUGCAGAUCACAUUAGUGAAUCUUUGAUAGAUGCCACCGCCUUCUAUGCAAAGUACACUAGGGUUCCUGAGGCUCAGACCAGUUUAUUCUACCAGGGCCUCAUAAAUAAAGUUAAAAGUACACUAACAGAUUGGAUCCAUGUUAGCCACUGUGUUGUUAACCAAUUGCAAUUAAUGUUUGACAGUCUAAUUCUGGAACUUAAUUGCAAUAUAUACCCCCUUGAUAUCUUUGCCAGUGCUGCACGAAAGGCUCUGAUAGAUAUAGACAAGGAGCAAGGAAUGUCCUCUUCUCAGUCAUCUUUUUGGCUAUUGUCGGGUUCUUAAAGUUAUUGUCUUGUUGUAAGCUUAAAUAUAAUAAUCGAAGUGAGGAUCCUGUGGGGUUCCGAUCAUUUUUUAAAGAAAAGGACAUUCCUGUAGGCACAUUAGUUAGGUAUGUAGGCACAUUAAUUAGGUAUGUAGGCACAUUAGUUAGGUAUGUAGGUUUGUAGGCACAUUAGUUAGGUUUGUAGGCACAUUAGUUAGGUAUGUAGGCAACCGCAUACAUGUGCUUUUUUCCCUCUGCAGCAAUCAUAAUUUUGCAUCUUGAGGUACUCCGUGAAUACCUGAGUAGUAAACAUUCAGCAGGUACUUCAGUCAGGAGUGCAACAAAAUGUGACUUGGAUGACUGCAGAAUAGUGAUACAACUGAGAGCCCUUGGCUUGAUUGGUAGCUCAUCACUGGGCCAUGAAUGACAAAAUUAUACUCUGAUUAAGUGCAUUUUGAUCUCCUCCCAGUGAUCCAAGCAUGUCAUGACAACUUGGAACGGCUUGCCAACCAACCUAAAGAAAUUCUCAAUGGAUCACACACAAUAUAUUUAGAGAGCCUAUGCCUGCUGAGGCUGAUACAGCACUGAAAGCUCUUUUGAAUUUCCAUGCCAAUGAAAAAAUUGCUUUCAAGUAUCCUUGUGGUGUGUCAGCACCAGUUGGCUCCUUACACAGCACCAGUUGGCUCCUUACAUUGCUGGUAACCUCUCUGAAUCCACAACAGAGAUGCGAAUUCAAUCCUGCUCUGCACCCAACCUUAACAUGGCCUCCGAACGUGCCUUAGGAAGGGUGGACCUGUUGUGGCAGCGUGCUCCUAAUGCAACAUUUAAUUUUAUUUAUGGUAAGGUUAAAGGUUGCGUAAACAACACCCUUAUCUGGUUACUUGGUAAAGAGGAGGCUGAGAGGAAAGGCAUUUUUGAAUUCACUGUCAGGGAGGGGUAUGUUGCAAAAAAGUUUCGGAACCCAGGCGGUCAGCAGUAGAGAUGGAGAUGGUGCGGCGUCAAAAAGACUCGGCUGCACAGAAAGACAAAAGUCACUGCACAUCUAUCAGCAAUAAAGUGAGGGAUGCCAUUGUGCGGCAGAAUCGAGAUGAUGCUGUGUUCUCUGCUGUCUCUGCUGAGAACAUGGACUUCAUUAAGAUAGUGGUGCACCAAGCCACCCCUGAAAUAUUAAAGUAUUUAUGGGGUCAGCUUGUACAACACAAGUGGGAAAAACAGGGUGUAAAUUAUUGGUACAAUGGGAGGAUAGUUGAUGUAUUUGAGAAGAAAAAGGCAAAAUCAGUAGAAAAAAAAGUUACCAUCAGCUACUGGAGCUUUAAUGAGACGGGAAAAGACAGUUCUGACUAUAAUCUGUCACUCUCAGAUUUUGUUACAGAUCUCAUACUAGGUGAUCUAGAAUUUAUAAUGUAAUAAGUUUUUCUAGUUUGAGAUCUCACUUCUGAUCAUUUUCAUCAACUUAGAUAACUAAAAUUUAGGUUAGUCACAUUGAGUGUUCAUGUUUUUAAACUACCCUUUUUAAUCUUAAAAUUUAAAGAUAAAUGUUGACAUUUUUUAUUUUAUUUUGUGGUUAGCUGUUGAUGUGAGUAGGAAAUCCUGUUGACAUAUGGUAUGAUUUAUCAGAUAAAAUGUAUUUAAAAUUGUUUAAAUAAUAGCAUAAAAUUUAAAUUUGUUUUAAACAAUUAUGCACUUAAAAUAAAAUUUAAAAAACACAAUUGGCUGAGACAGUAAGACAUGGCCUUGGUGUAUUUAUAGGCAAACUAACUCAGUGGUAUGUUGCUUUUGAAAUGAGUUACUUUCUUGCAUGCUAUCUGGUAAAAAUAUUCAGUUUAUUUUUAUUAAUUUAUUAUUAAUCAUCAGUUGAAGUUGAUUCUAACCUAACAUGUUGAUUUUUAAAUCAAUAUUACUAAAAUAGUAAUUUUAGGGUGAAUUAGAUGACUGUCUGGUUACUUUCUUGCAUGCCUCUAUGACUCUAUGCAUAUUAUAAAAAAAUUGUGGUAAGACAAGUCACAUGGCUCAUAAUGUCCUAGUUAGUAAGUUUUUUAUUAUUAAUUUAUUUUUGUUAAUCAGUUGAAGUUGAUUCUAACAUGUUGAUUUGUUAGACUUGAUUGCUAACUUUAAUCACAUACUUAUUUUUUUGUGUCAUAUUAAAUAUGAGACUACACAUGUAAAAAGGCAUCAAAGGCCUUUGUUAUUAUACAAUUAUGGUAAAAUAAAAAGUAUCAUCGUCAAUUUUAACUAAAUGAAACAAAUAAUCCCUUUAUUAUUAGUUUAUACUUAUAAAUGCUAAACAAUUCCACAGAAAAUUUGAAAUUAACAUCUAAAGAAUAUUAUUAUGAUUUUUGGGAAAUUAAAAAAAAAUGAUUUCAACAUAAUUAAUUAAUUAAUUACAAAUAAGUGUUAAGUCAGCAUAUUUUUUAAUUAAUUUUUUUUUAAUUGGAGAAUAACAAAGAUUUGUUUUUUAAUUUUUGUGGAAUAUUAACAAAAACUAAUUUAUAUUUUGUGGCUUAUUUUAGAAGUACUCUUAUUUAACUAUGUUCCCUGUAAAUAUUAUAUUUUUGUCUCAUUUUAUAGUAAAGUUUUAGGCGUUUAAAAAAACAACUAAAUGAGCGUCACGAAAUAUGGAGGAAAACCUCAUAGUGAAAAAGUGGUUUUGGUGUCCCUACUAAAAAAAUCAUAACUUUUGAACCGCUUGAGCUAGAAAGUUGAUCUUGGUAUUUUUUGUAAUCUAUUCACCAGGCUCUAUACAGCUCUAGUAUUUUUAAAAAAUAUUUUGAUCAAAGUGCCUACUAAGAUGAAUUCAAUGGCCCCAGAUAGUUUAGUGUGACUGUCAAUGCCCCCAGAUAGUUUAAGUUAAGGUGACUGGCACUGCCCUGGGAUGGUUUUAGGUGAAUGUCAAUGUCCUGGGAUGGUUUAAGGUGAUUGUCAAUGCCCUGGGAUGGUUUAAGGUGACUGUCAAUGCCCUGGGAUGGGCAAAGAUGAAUGUCAAUGCCCCCAGAUGGUUCAGUGUGACUGUCAAUUCCCCCAGAUAGUUUAAGUUAAGGUGACUGGCACUGCCUUGGGAUGGUUUUAGGUGAAUGUCAAUGUCCUGGGAUAGUUUAAGGUGACUGUCAAUGCCCUGGGAUGGGUUAAGAUGAAUGUCAAUGCCCUGUGAUAGUUUACUGUGACUGUCAAUGCCCUGGGAUGGUUUACUGUGACUGUCAAUGCCCUGGGAUGAUUUAAGGUCUUUAAUUAUAUCCUUUCCAAACCAAUCACAAGUGUCCUUAGAAUGUGGUACCCUAAUACUUUGCUACCACAGAUGCUGAAGGAUCAAUUUGGGGGUGGGGGGUUGUUAUAAAAGAGCAUUCAAAUCUUUUUUUAAUUGGGCCUUGGUUACAGAAACAAUUAUGCAGUUAAUUGUUGAUUUUUUUAAAGCUUAUUUUAUAUAUCCUUUGAUUCUGGCGUUAACAAGGCCAAUAAAUUAUGUUUUGUUGAUUAUUUCACAGGACCCAGUUAUAUUUGCUGGUACAUUACGAAACAAUUUAGAUCCUUUCAAUGAAUACCUGGACGAGGCUCUGUGGACAUCUCUAGAACACGCCCACCUGAAAUCCUUUGUGGAGAGUUUACCAGACCUCCUGUACCAUCAGUGCGGAGAGGGAGGAGAAAAUCUAAGGUAGAACUUGAUAACAACACAUGACAGCAACUCAUGAUAGCAACACAUGAUAGUGUUACGCCCCCUAUGUGUUCAAUGAAUGUGAACAAGCUCGUGGUCUAGGGGUUUUGAAAAGAGGGCUAACACAGGUAGAUUUUAGACACACUAUUGGCUAAAAUAAAGACAAUCAGUGCACUAUUGAAAUGUACUUUAUUACAUGAACUACUAUGUGAACAAAGAUACAUGAAAUCUACAUAUAAAGAAACAAAUACAAUUUUAAUUAUCUAAAUCUCACAGUAAUAAUAAAACACACAAUACUAUCACUAGUCUAAGUUCCUGGAAUUAAUAUUUCUGCUAACUAUUAAAUGGCCCUCAUCUAGUACUAAGCAAUUGCAACGGACGGCUGACCACCUAUCUCCCUGUCCUCCUCAUUUGGUCUACCCCUCUUGGGGCGAUGCGUCCAGUCUAAAUAUGCAUAUUCAUUUCGCGUGCUUGACCAUUAAAUAGGUCACGGUCAGCUUAAAUCAAGGUUGGUGGUGGCCGUGAUCAGUUAGAGACGUCGUGCUCCCUGGCUGUGUUAAUCUGACCCGGUCAGUCUUAUGGGGUACAUAAACAAAAGGGGCCAGGCACGUAACAAUAGCAACAUAUGAUAGCAUCACAUUUGUUUGAACUGGGGAAUUUUAUCAAAAGUUUCAUUUUCAUCCCCAGCCUAACAGGUCACUGCAACUAUUCACUCUGUUGUUGUGGGGAACACAGAGAAGAUCGUUAGCUAAAUUUAUGUAUUAGUCAACUGUCGCUGCCAGAUAAAUUAAAUUCAUGCUACUAAGCACUUUAUUGAAACUGUAUUCACACAACAAAUCAGCCAGGGAACUAUAAUAUCGGCAGCAACACAGGUUAUAUAUAUACACUUUCACUUCUUAUAUUGAUUAGUUAAAAUGUAAGCCAAGCGUCUACCUUGUUUGAUAGAUCUGCUGUCGCUCUUACAAUUAUUUCACAAUUUAUCAGAUAGAAGAAUCGCACUCAACCUCCCAAUAUGGCAGUCUUCACACAAAUUCCUUGUACCUCUAUAUCUGUGCAUCUCAAUUAAUUUUAUCCUAUAUCAAAGGUGCAUGUGCAAAGUCACACUGUUACAGUCCCAACUGGGUCACCAGCUAGCAUUAAUUAUCUCUUGUUUUGUUAUCAAACAAUCUCGGAUAAGUCAGCCAAUCACAAGCCAUCAUUUAAAUGGCAUAAGUUAACAACAUUCUUCUUGUAUCAGUGUUGGACAGAAACAGUUGCUGUGUCUCAGCAGAGCUUUACUCCGUAAAACCAAAAUUCUCAUAUUGGAUGAGGCAACAGCAGCUGUGGAUAUGGAGACGGAUGAGUUGAUCCAGAGGACUAUCCGAGAAGAGUUUAGUAACUGCACUAUUUUGACCAUUGCACACAGACUUAAUACAGUCAUGGAUUAUGACAGGUGAGGCAGUGUAACUAACUUGUGACGGGUGAAGAGUUUAACUUACUUGGGACAGGUGAGGUAAUUUAACUUACUUGUGACAGGUGAGGGAGUAUAACUUACUUGUGACAGGUGAGGGAGUUUAUCUGACUUGUGACAGGUGAGGCAGUUUUACUUACUUGUGACAGAUGGGGUAGUUUAACUUACUUGUAAAAAGUGAGGUAAUUUAACUUAGUUGUAACAGGUGGGGUAGUUUAACUUACUUGUGAUGGGUGAGGCAGUUUAACUGACUUGCGACAGGUGAGGCAGUUUAACUUAAUUGUGACAGGUGAGGGAGUUUAACUUGUGACAGGUGAGGCAGUUUAAAUUACUUGUGACAGGUGAGGCAGUUUAACUUACUUGUGACAGGUGAGGUAAUUUAACUUACUUGUGACAGGUGAGGCAUUUUAACUUGUGACAGGUGAGGCAGUUUAACUUACUUGUGACAGGUGAGGUAAUUUAACUUACUUGUGACAGGUGAGGCAUUUUAACUUGUGACAGGUGAGUUAGUUUAACUUACUUGUGACAUCAUGUGGAUAUAAUGUUGCUGAUUUAAGUUUUUGUUGUUGAGUUUCCAAUUUUAAAAUAUAACCACUGCCAUAUCCUAUAUGAUUGUAAAUUACCACCUCUACAUAAUAUAUGAUUGUAAAUUACCACCUCUACAUAAUAUAUGAUUGUAAAUUACCACCGCUACAUAAUAUAUGAUUGAAAAUUUGGACCAACCUUGUGAAUUUUUGACCCUAUUCCUCAUUGACAUUUCAGGAUUCUUGUGCUGGAGAGAGGAGAGCUUGUCGAGUAUGACAAGCCUGGUCAGUUACUGCAGAACUCUGGAUCACUCUUCUACAGCAUGGUCCAAGCUGCUGAAUUGUUAUAGCUAUUGGACUGCUAGCCGAGAUAUUAAUAGAAAUGUUCAUGUUAUAAAACCUAAGUUAUAGUCAUAAUAUUUUUGCUUGUGUGUCAUAGGGAAUGACAAGUGUGUGGUCUUAUGAGUUGCUGUUAGAUAUUUGUCAUGAGAUGCUAUUAGAUAUUUGUCAUGAGAUGCUAUUAGAUAUUUGUCAUGAGAUGCUAUUAGAUAUAGGCCAUGAGAUGCUAAUAAAAUUGGUAUUUAUCACCAGAUAUUGUAUAGAUGAUGCUAUUACCAUUUCAAUUGACUGUUUCAACACUGUUUCCUUCUGUGAUGCUGUCAGUUACUGUAAACCAAAUGAAAAGAAUUUAAUAUAUUGAGUAUAAAUAUUUUCACCAUUGUAUGUUAUAAAAUACUAAGGAACAACUUAAUAGUUGAUGUUGUUAUAACUACUAUUAUGUGUACGGAUACUGUGCUUGCUGUGCCAUUUUAAAUAUGUUGUUUGAAACUGUGAUGAAUUCAUGUGGUAUUGUGUGCCAAGUGACAGUCUGAGUGAGACUUGAUAAUGUGUGUUCUAUUUAAACCUGUUUAUGUGUGAUUUAAAUCAAUCCUAAUUAAUAACCUUACUUUAACCAAUCUAUGGCAACCGCUGGGCAUGUGAAAAAGUCAUAGGCUUCUGUUAAAUGGUGUAGAAUUAAGUGUUAUUGUGUACAGUGUUUCAUUAAGUCAUGCUUACCUCCCUUCCAUUCAGGGUGUGGCACUCUUUACUUUUGGGAAAAUCAUGGGAAAUCAAGGAAAGAUAAGCACCCAAAGAGAUGUAUAUUUUCCUUUUAGUGUUUUAGUUUUGUGCUGCAAAUAAAAUUAACAUUUUGAGAACAUUUAUUUGAAAUGUACUUAAUUUUUGUAACUCCCUGUAGUUUAUUUUAAAAAUUAAUCAGAAUGCUACAUUGAUCAUAUGAUAGUUUUUUUAAAAGAUGACAUCAUUUCUCUAAAUUGCUGCCCUAUUAUGUUCAUGUAUAUCCCAGGUAUGUAAUGAUGGCUGGGUGAUGGACUAGUACUAUAUCCUAGAUAUAACAUUAGCCAAACACCAAGAUGAUGUAACAUUAGACAAACACCCAGGUGAUGUAACAUUAGCCAAACAUCCAGGUGAUGUAACAUUAGACAAACACCCAGGUGAUGUAACAUUAGCCAAACACCCAUGUGAUUUAACAUUAGCCAAACACCCAGGUGAUGUAACAUUAGAUAAACACCCAGGUGAUGUAACAUUAGAAAAACACCCAGGUGAUGUAACAUUAGACAAACACCCAGGUGAUGUAACAUUAGACAAACACCCAGAUGAUGCAUCAUUAGUCAAACACCCAGGUGAUGUAACAUUAGCCAAACACUCAGUUGAUGUAACAUUAGCCAAACACUCAGGUGAUGUAACAUUAGACAAACACCCAGGUGAUGUAACAUUAGACAAACACCCAGGUGAUGUAACAUUAGACAACUACCUCAAGUGCAUCCCACUGUUUAAUGUGAUUUGAUCUCAUGUCAGUUUUUAAUUUUUUUAUCUGGUUAAUUCAUUGCUGUCAACACAAACCAUUGAAACUUAUUUCCUAUGGAGGAGUCAGUUAUAUUACUCUUCUGUGUUUACACUUGCUAACUUGCUGUUACAAAACCUUUACGCUUUGAUUUAUUGAUUGUGAUAAUUUUUUAUAAAAUUAAAUUUUGUAACUAGUGUUACAUUAUCACAACAUAUAAUGAAAAUGAAUGUGUUUGUUUUUGCUCUUCUCUUGCCCUGGUGUGACAUAUGCAGACCUGUUUACCCUCAAACUCUUAAAAUCGUACAAUAUCAUCACAAAAUC